AUGGCGACCAAGCAUGAAGGAUCAAUCGAGGGCAGCCAGGAUGAGACAUUGUACUCCUCUCAUGAGCACGACUUUGGCCGGAUAGGACAUCCGAAGGAACACAUAGCGGUGGCAGAGAAUGAUGCAUACGACGUAUACGGAGAUGAGGAAAGUGCAGAGAUCAAGUACCGGACGAUGGUCUGGUGGAAGGCCGCUGCAUUAAUGCUCGCUGAGACAGUAUCUCUUGGUAUUUUAUCAAUACCAUCUGUAUUUGCAAGUCUGGGGAUGGUUGCCGGGUGCAUACUGGUCAUCAGUCUUGGGGCCAUUGCAACUGCUACAGGGUAUCUCAUAGGCCUUUUCAAGUUACGCUAUCCACAUAUACAUAACAUGGCCGAUGCUGGCAUGGUCCUCGCGGGUCCGAUCGGCCGUGAAGUGCUUGGGGCGGCGCAAAUUAUUUUCAUGGUGUUCCUUUGCGGUAGUCAUGUUCUAACUGGCCUGAUUGCAUUUGACACGAUUACUGCGGGAGCCUCUUGUUCUGUGUUAUGGGCAGGCGUUACCGCGAUCAUAUGUAUCAUAUUGACAAUUCCCCGGACAUUAAACGGAAUUUCGUAUCUAAGCGUGGCUUCUUUUAUCUCCAUCCUGUCUGCCGUGCUCAUUACGAUGAUUGGGGUGGGCGUCGCAGGCCAUAAGGGCGGCGUCACCGCUCGCGCAAAUUUGAGCUUCGCUAGCGCAUUUUUGUCGGUCACUGAUAUUAUCUUCGCCUAUGCCGGCCAUGUUGCAUUCUUCACUUUUAUCUCUGAAAUGCGCAAGCCGGAGGACUUUCCAAAAGCCCUCUAUCUCCUGCAAAUUGCAGAUACAACAUUGUAUUUAAUAGUCGGAAUUGUCGUGUAUGCAUAUGCUGGAGCCGACACAGUGUCGCCGGCGCUGGGUAACACUGGGACAAUACUACGCAAGAUUGCGUAUGGGAUUGCGCUGCCGACCAUUAUCGUCGCCGGUGUCAUAAAUGGACAUGUCUGCGCAAAACUGGUGUUUAUUAGGAUUUUCCGCCGGGAUGGGGUCAAGUCAAGGCACAUGACAACGCACUCGUGGGUUGGAUGGCUGACGUGGAUUGGCAUAUGCUUUGCGAUUUGGGCUUUGGCGUUCGUUAUCGCUGAAGUAAUCCCGUUUUUCAAUGAUCUGCUUGGGGUAAUCAGCUCCGUUUUCGCAAGUUGGUUCACGUAUGGAAUCUCGGUGAGUGCGACUGGAUCCGAUGUCGAGAUCGAUGUCAUGACCGUGGGAUCAGGGUAUCUUCUGGUUCCAUCUGACCCCACGAUCAGAGUGGUGGUCUACACCACGCCAGAGACUGAAAUGUGUAUUUUGGGCGGGUAUCAUUCUGACCCUAACCCUAACCUCAUUCUGUUGCAGAUGGGGGCGUUCAUCAUGGUGGCAGGGCUGUAUGCGAGCAUCGACAGCAUUGUUGAAGGAGCCAUGGUUGCCUUGAAAAUUCGCCCAGAUGUCACUCCCGACUCACCACUAGAGGAGCAACCCGCAAUUGGUAUCAUUGGUAUGGGCUCAAUGGGUGUGAUGUACGUCAAGUACCUGGAAGCCGGUGGAUGGAAGAAGAUAUAUGUUUGUGAUAUUCCCAGUAAAUAUGAAGCGCUCAAAGAGAAGUACCAAGACCACUCGUGCGUCACGGUUUUGCGCGACGGACACCUUGUGUCCCGGAUAUCCGACUUCAUCAUGUACGCCGUUGAGGCCGAAUUCAUUUGCAAGGUCGUGGAGAUGUACGGCCCAUCAACGAAGGUAGGCGCAAUUGUUGCCGGUCAGACGUCAGUCAAGGCACCGGAGAAAAUUGCGUUCGAGCAGUACUUGCCUGAAGACGUGUUCAUUGUUUCAUGUCAUUCACUACAUGGCCCCACUGUCUCCCCUCUUGGUCAACCUCUGGUGAGCGUCCUCUCCUUUGCAUCUUCUUCGCUAUAUGUGAUAUUUGAGUUCCAGGUCCUCACAAAACACCGAGCGCCAGAUGAAGCGUUGACUCUCGUAGAGAAUAUCCUAGCACCGCUCAGGUCACGCUACGUGUACCUCUCCUACGAAGAGCAUGACACAGUUACGGCAAACACACAAGCGGUGACACACGCCGCGUUCCUGAGCAUGGGCACGGCCUGGAAGGACGAGCUCGAGUACCCAUGGGAAACGGGAAACUACGUCGGUGGGAUCGAAACGGUCAAGGUCAACAUCAUGCUGCGCAUAUAUUCAAACAAGUGGCACGUGUACGCCGGACUCGCGAUCCUCAACCCCUCUGCUCGCGUGCAGAUCGAUCAGUACGCGCGCAGCGUGACCGAGAUCUAUAAGCUCAUGGUCGCUGGAGACGACGCCGGUCUACGCCGGCGUAUCUACAACGCACGCGACCGCGUGUUUGGCAGCGGAAUGAGUGACGGUCGUGCACCGAUCCUCCUCUCCGAAGACAUCCUCGACCGAUUUAGCCUCGGACGCCGACCGUCUUCCGCGUCCGCGAAGGCGAACGGCAUCUACAACGGAAACGGCGUCCCCAACGGGAACGGGAGCACCACGCCCGGCUCCCCCGGCUCGCCGCGCACGUCGCGCGCCAACUCGCACCUCUCGCUGCUCGGGAUGGUCGACUGCUGGGCGCAGCUGGGCAUCCAGCCGUUCGUGCACCUCGACCUCGCCGCGACGCCGAUCUUCCGGAUGCUGCUCGGCGUGUCCGAGUACCUCUUCCGCUCGCCGGAGCGCCUCGAGAGCGCGGUCAACGCCGCGCUAUACGACACGACGUACCGCGCGAACGACCUCGAGUUCGUCGUCGCCGCGCGCGGGUGGAGCCAGUGCAUCUCGUUCGGCAGCUUCGAGCUGUACCAGCGGCGCUUCACGGACACGUCCGCGUUCUUCGAGAGCCGCUUCGAGGACGCGACGAAGCUCGGCAGCGCGAUGAUGCAGGCGAUCCUGGACAGCUCGCAGACCGACGGCGCGCAUCUCGCAGAUCCGUAG